GAUGCACCAACCAAAACAAUAGGAGAGAAUUCACCCUUUUCAUAGUGGUAAGACUCUCCCAAGGAAACAAAAUGAUUCCUUUCCUCUGUUUAUCAAAAUCCUUUCAUUUGAUCUUUCUUUAUUCCCUUCUUGCUGGGCUUCAUUGUCCAGUUGUUGCAGACCCUCCUUAUCUUAGUUGUCCUAGAAAAACCUACCCAGUCAAUAGCACAUUCCAUGGUAAUCUUAUAAAGCUCUUCAGCUGUUUAUUCUCUAAUGCUUCUCUCUCUGGGUCUUAUGAUGCUAUUGUUGGCAAUGACCCAGACAGAGUGUAUGGCCUCUUCCUCUGCCUUGGAUUUGUUAGCCAAGACAAAUGCAAGGCCUGUGUGUAUAUUGCAAUUCAGGACAUUGAACGAUAUUGUCCCAACAGUAAAGAGGCAUCUGUGUGGGAGGAAUACUGUCAAUUGAGCUACUCGAAUCAAAAUUUCUUCGGCUAUGUCGAUGAUACACGAAAUCUUCAGGAACUAAAUGCAGAGAACAUUACAGACCCUGUUAAGUAUAGCCAUGCUGUGAGAAAGCUUUUGGGUGAACUUUCUGAGCAGGUUGGUUCCAAUUCAACAAGAAUGUAUGCAAUCGGAGAUGAUAAUUAUACCAAAUCCUAUAAGCUAUAUGGUCUAGUUCAGUGUACUAAAGACUUGACUAAGAAUGAUUGUGACAGAUGCUUACAAAUUGCAACAAGAGAUAUUCUUAGUUGUUGCAAUUUUUCUAGGGGUGCAAGACUUAUGGGUAAGAGUUGCUAUUUAAGGUAUGAGUUAUAUGCUUUUUAUCAAGGAGCAACUGAAUCUGAGACUUCUCUUACUCCAUCAGUUCCAACAAGCAAUGAUGAAGAGAAGAAAAAAUUGAUCCUUAUCACUGUAUCAGCAUGUGUGUCAAUAAUUCUUCUGGGUUUCUGCAUCUAUGGCCUUGUGGCAAGGAAAGGGACUCGAAAAGUUCAUGCAGAGGGAGACAAAGUUGUCGUUCAAGAUGUUUCAUUGAUACAAACUGGUGCCCAAAGGGAAAAGAUGGAAGCUCAGGACUUUCCACUGAUUAGUUUAGCCACUAUACAUUCAGCUACAAGCAACUUUUCUAAUUUAAAUAUGCUUGGAAGAGGUGGAUUUGGACCAGUUUACAAGGGAGAACUACUUGAUGGAAGGAUGGUGGCAGUUAAAAGGCUUUCAAGCAAUUCUGAGCAAGGUUCAGUGGAAUUCAUGAAUGAAGUAUCACUAAUAUUGAAACUUCAACAUAAAAACCUUGUGAGGCUCUUAGGUUGUUGUGCAGAAAGAGAAGAAAUGAUUCUUGUUUAUGAGUACAUGACCAAUGGUAGCCUUGCCCGUGUCCUCUUUGAUUCGAGGAGACGUGCUCUUCUUGAUUGGAGUAGACGAUACAAUAUUAUUUGUGGAAUUGCCCGAGGUGUUCUUUAUCUCCACGAGAACUCUCUACUUAAAAUCAUUCACAGAGACUUGAAAACUAGUAACGUGCUGUUGGACCAGGACAUGAACCCAAAAAUUUCAGACUUUGGUAUGGCGAAGAUCUUUCAAGGAAAUAAUAGCGAAGCCAAUACCACUACAAUAGUAGGGACUUAUGGAUACAUGGCUCCGGAGUAUGCUAUGGAGGGAGUAUAUUCUAUAAAGUCAGAUGUUUUCAGCUUUGGAGUUCUUCUGUUAGAGAUUAUAACUGGGAGAAGGAAUGCUGGGUUCCAUGGGUCUAAACCUGCUUCAAGCUUUAUAACAUAUGUAUGGCAAUUAUGGACUGAAGGAGAAGGGCUACAGUUGAUGGAUCCAUUUUUAUUGGAGUCUUGCUGUACUAGUGAACUUUUGAGAUGCAUACAAAUUGGAUUGUUAUGUGUUCAACAAGAUGCAAAACAAAGACCAACCAUGUCAUCUGUGUUUGUUAUGUUGAAAAGUGAGACUUUGGAUCUUCCUAGGCCUCAACAACCUGGUUUUUCUAUUGGGAGACUCACUAUUCAACCUGAGCAAUCUCCAUUGAUGGCUGAUAAUAUUUCUAUCAAUGGGUUGACUGUUUCCAGUAUUUUACCUCAGUCGAUAACCUUCCGGUUCAUAUUACUAUAUUGCCUUCUUGCUGUCCUCCAUGGCCCUUGUGGUGCUGAUCCUCCAUAUCCCUAUUGUUCUAAUGUCACGACAUCAAGUAGUCUGUUUCAGUACAAUCUCAACAACCUCUUCUCUUAUUUAUCUUCUAAUGCUUCUCUCUCAAUCUUCAAAAAUUCCACAAUUGGAAAUGAAACUGAUACAGUCUAUGGCCUCUUCCUUUGCCUUGGAUUUGUUUCCUUAGACAUCUGCAGGAAAUGUGUGGACACUGCAAUUCAAGACAUUAUAAAACUCUGUCCCAACAAUGAAGAAGCAACAGUAUGGGAGGAGUACUGCCAACUGCGAUACUCCAACAAAAGUUUUUUUGGCUAUACAGAUGACGCCGGAAAUCUUCCUCUUUGGAACAGGAAAAAUAUUUCAGAUCCAAAUCAGUUCAGUCAGGUUGUGAGGGAGCUCUUGAAUAGCCUGUUGAGACGCGCUUCUUUCGAUCCUUCCACGGGUUUGUAUGCCACAGGGAAAGCUAAUCUUACCAUUGAUGAAAAGGUAUAUGGUCUUGUCCAAUGCACUAGAGACUUGUCUGGAAAUGACUGUCUUAAAUGCCUUCGAGAUGCCACAAAUGAAAUCCUAAGUUGCUGCUACUUUUAUCGAGGGGCAAGACUUCUCAGUAAGAGUUGCUAUCUAAGGUAUGAGUUAUACGCUUUCUAUGAAGGAGCUAUUGAAGCUUUGCGUCCUCCUCCCCCAAGCACAGGUGAUCAGAAAAGGAAAAUAUCGACGAAGAUUCUAAGCAUUAUUAUUGUAUCAAUUUGUGUAGCAGUAGCUUUCUUGGGUUCCUUCGUCUACUGCCUAGUUGCGAAAGGGAGAAAGGAAAGCACUGUACCAGAAACAUCAGUACCUCAAAACAACACUGUUUUUUCAAAUUAUGUAGUCCCAGGAGCUGAAGAAAUGGAGCCUCGUCAGAUUCCUUUUUUUCGUUUACCCACCAUAUAUGCAACUACAGAUAAAUUUUCUGAUUCGAAGAAGCUUGGACAAGGAGGAUUUGGACCAGUUUUUAAGGGAACACUACCUGAUGGAAGAGAAGUAGCAAUUAAGAGGCUCUCAAUCAGUUCAGAGCAAGGUUCAGAUGAGUUUAUGAAUGAAGCCAUGCUUAUAAUGAGACUUCAACAUAAAAAUCUUGUGAGGCUCUUGGGCUGUUGCAUAGAAGGAGGGGAAAAGAUUCUUGUCUAUGAAUACAUGCCCAACAGUAGUCUUGAUGUUGUCCUAUUUGAUCCAAGUACACGUGCACAGCUCCAUUGGAGAAGCCGGUUUAACAUUAUUGUUGGAAUUGCCCGAGGCAUCCUUUAUCUUCAUGAAGAUUCUCGACUUAAAAUCAUCCACAGGGACCUGAAACCUAGCAAUGUGUUAUUGGACCAGGAAAUGAAUCCGAAGAUCUCAGACUUUGGCAUUGCGAGGAUAUUUUGUGGAAGCAAUGGCGAAAAGAACACUGCAAGGAUAGUAGGAACUUAUGGAUACAUGGCUCCAGAGUUUGCUAUGCAUGGAGUAUAUUCCACAAAGUCAGACGUUUUUAGCUUUGGAGUAAUCUUACUAGAGACAGUAACUGGGAGAAGGAAUGCUGGCUUCCAUGGUUCCAAACUCGCUCCUAGCCUUUUGGAUUAUGCAUGGCAGUUAUGGAGCGAGGGAAGAGGGUUAGAGUUGUUGGAUCCAUUUCUAUUAGAGACAUAUUGUUCAAGUGAAUUCCUGAGAUGCAUCAAUGUUGGAUUGUUGUGUGUACAAGAAGAUCCAAUGGAUAGACCUAACAUGUCAAAUGUAGUUGUUAUGAUGAGAAGUGAAUCUCUCCCUCUUCCACAACCUCAAAAACCUGCAUUCUCUGUUAGCCAAGUCACUCCACUAAUGACUCAACUUUCUAUCAAUUGGUUAACUGUUAGUGAUGAUACUCCUCGUUGA